AAUUGGGAAAGAGAAAGAGCUUCAAUGGAACACCAGAGCCCUUGCCCGCCGACCACCGUCCGCCGGAACCCUCAUCGGAAGGCUCGGAAAACUCCCUCAACCCUCCCCCCUCGAGAUCCACCACCGUCGGCACCGUCAACCAUAGCUCCCUUCCCCAUCGACGAGCUUCUCCAUGCCGAUCCCCCUCCUGACCCUCCACACAAGUCACAAUCUCUCUCUGAGAAGCUUAAUGUCUUUCUCCGGAUUCGGCCUCUUGAUAUCGUGCCGCCCAAGCUCGGAAAGAACCCCUCCGCUGCCGCUUUGAAGAAGAAGGGAAAGGGAAAGUCUCCGAACAAUUUGAAGGGAAGGAAUAAAAAUGUUUGCUUGGUUAUGAAUGAUUCGAGCUCUGUCACACUGUCUGCCCCAAUCUCAGCAUUGGAGUCAAAGAGGGCCAAAAGUGAGGUCUACGAUGGUUUCUCUCAUGUCUUUCCUUCGGAUUCUAUUCAGAAAGAAGUUUAUGAGAGGGUGAUGGAUCCAUUAGUGGAGGGUUUUAUGGAUGGAAAAAGUGCUCUUUUGGUUGCUCUGGGUCCUACUGGUUCUGGAAAGACGCAUACAAUGUUCGGUUGUCCAAGAGAUCCUGGGAUGGUUCCGCGGGCAUUGCAGAAGAUUUUCAGUCACUUAAAUGAGAGUGGUGAUUCUCACCCAUCCAGGUCAUAUUACUUGUCAAUGUUUGAAAUAUAUUCAGAAUGGGGGAAAAGUGAAAGGAUCCUUGAUCUGUCACCUAAUGGAGUUGAGCUCUCCCUUCAGCAGUCAAGUGUGAAAGGCCUUCAAGAGGUCAUGGCUUGCAACCUCACACAAGCUGAGAGCCUAAUUGCUCAUGGAAUGCUAAAACGUGCUACUGCUGCUACCAAUGCAAACAACCAAUCAAGUCGUUCUCAAUGCAUAAUAAACAUUCGUAAUGAUCUUAGAAAUUUUGAUGGCAAAAAAGAAUUUCUCUCAAGUGGUGCUGUUCUUACAAUAGCAGAUCUUGCUGGAGCUGAGAAAGCAAGAAAAACGGGGAAUCAGGGCACUAGAUUGUUGGAGAGCAACUUCAUAAACAACACAUCUAUGGUUUUUGGUCUUUGCUUAAGGUCUUUGUUAGAGCACCAAAAAAAUCCGAAGAAGCCAUUGCAGAAGCACUUCAAGAACUCAUUGUUGACAAGGUAUCUAAGAGAGUAUUUGGAAGGAAAAAAGCGAACGACUCUGAUUUUAACUGUAAAGCCGGGGGAAGAUGAUUACCUUGAUACAUCAUUUUUGCUAAGACAAGCUUCACCAUACAUGAAAAUCAAGUAUAGCAACCUUGAAGAGCUUCCAAAUUUUCCUAGUUUAAAAAGAAGUACUACACAUAGUGGAUCAGAGCACUUGAAGCGAAGGAAAUUCAAUGGCUCAGACACAUCAUUGGUCAAUGCUGUGAAAAAUGAUAAUGAUGAAGUCGAUGGCAAUCGUGCGUCUGAAAAAGAGGCUAAAUAUGAGAAGCUUCAGCAAAAAGCAAAUGCAUCUCCAAAGUCUGGUAGAUCUGCACAUAUGAGCAUGGAACGUCUUGAAGAUCUUCACACUGAAGCACAGAGGGCAAGGAAUGAAAAAAUCAUGCUGGGUUUUGCUAAGGCUCUGUGGAAUGUUCUCAAGGAGUAUAAGCAAAAACUUACAGAGUCAGAUAAGGACGCUGAAAAGCUAAGAUGUGCCCUUAGGAAGGAGAAAGCUUCAGUUUCAAAACUGGAGAAAGAAUUGGAGGAACUAAGGUCUUGUUGUUCUUGCUGUAAACAUCCUUCAAUUGAUGACUCUCCUCCCAAAGAGGAGCCAUUAUCUGGUUUCUCUGCCAUGGGAUCACCGAUGAAGCCGUUAGUGCAAGAAUCCACAAAGUGCAUUGACAUUGUUCAUGAAUAUAAUCAUAUCUCAAUGGAAUAUCAUUCUGAUACUUUAGAGUCACGCACAUCAACAGAUGUAUCCAAAGAAUGGGCUGAGCAUGGAGGGGAAGGUUUUGGAGCGAAUAACAUUUUACUUGAUGAAAUUUCAUCAGGAGAUAAUGUCGGCUCAUUUUCUUCACCUAUGGUUCUUGGAACGGUACAUACGGAAGAGAAUGAGAUGAUAGCUCAGAUGGUUGAUAGCUUCUCAAAUAUCAAAGGUGAUGAAGAGUGUGGAUCAUUUCCUUUUGGAGGUGAAUGUCUACCGCAGCAAACAGAAGUAAAGCCCACAGAUCAGAAAGGUGAAAACUUACCUGUGAACAACCAUCGAGUUGCAGAUUUAGAGGAGACGAACAUUCAGGGACAACAUCUGGUUUCAACUAUUGCAGGUUUGUCAGGCAGUGAACAUUCAGAUAAUAUUGACAGAUCUUCACCACCAACUGUUAAUUCAGGAGAAAAUGAAAAGGCAGUGACCUGCAAUACUCAAAAUUCAAGCUUAUCCAUGGAUGGAGAAAUCAUGAAAAGAAACCCUAAGGUGAGCUCCUCCAUAUCAAAAUCACAUCCAUCAGUUGUUAAACAUGAUGGACUUGCCGAUGAAUGCAAAGUUAGGGAGACUUCCGCAAAGAUACAAUCUCCUGCUUCCAAACCGCCAAAUUCCAUGAAACCUAGAACCAGGAAAUUGCUGCCUUCUUCAGCAAUGCUUCUCAAGGAAUUUAACAGUCUUGAAAUUGAUGCCGAAAAUGCAAAGGAGAACAAAGGAAAGUCGUCUACAAAGGGAAUGGAAAGAUCUCAAGGUAGCAUUUCACUUCUUCGUCUUUUAAACAGCAAUGUCAAUCGAUAGAUCCUACAGGGAAAAAAAUCUGCAGAGCUUAAAAUUUGCUUGACAAUUGCAAAACAAAUGCUGGUUUCACAUCUUUUCUGCAUGACAGUUUUUGUAAGAAAUUCUCAUAACCUCACUUUUA